AUGUCUCCGGAAGGGUCUCUACAUGGUACAAGGCGGAGGCAGCGCACGGUGUUCACAAAGAAGCAGCUGCAGGAGCUCCGGAGAUGCUUAGAGCAGGACCAAUACCCAAGUGCCAGAGAACGCCAGGCCCUGGCACACAAGCUGAACUUGGGAGAGUACAGUGUCAAGAUUUGGUUUAAGAACCAGAGGGCAAGACACUCCAGAGCAAAUUCCAGAACACCAGGACAACUUCCGGAAGUGCAGGACUCCCAGCCCAUCUGCCUGCCCUCAGCCCCCACUCCUGAGGGCCUGCCAAGCCCAGGGAGCCCUGCUAUCUGCAGCCCCAGUCCCAUGCCACCAGCUCCUGCCCCUGAGGGUCCCGCCAGAACAGCCAGGCCAGGGCCCCGCAGCGCUGGAGCCCCAGCCUGGGAACCUGCCUCUUCGGGCCCUGAGAGGUCAGAGGAACCCACUGUCCCAACCCCCGGCUUGACUGUGGACCCCAUGGACUUCGGAUUAUCUCCGGAACACCUGUCCCUAUUCCAGAAUUCAUGGAGCUGGACAAAUGGACGACAUCCUAGAACUGGGACCCUGAUAAACCCCAUGACAGCUGCUCCUGUGCCCCUGAACAAGAGGCCCCGACCAAAGAAUAAGCUGAAGUGA